AUCAUGGAGGAUCAGUUAGAGAACGGUAGACGUUGAAGAAAGCCGAGCUGUGGGUGCGCGCUCUGGAGUUUCUUACACUUUAUUUCCUAAACGAUCUUGUCCGGUAGAGUAUCUUCUGAAACGAUGGAGAUGAAGAAGAGGAUCAGUUUAGAGCUGAGGAACAGAACUCCCGCGGAGGUUGCAGAGCUGGUGGUGGAUAACUGCCGCUCCAGUGAUGGAGAGAUCGAGGGCCUCACAGAUGAGUUCAAGGAGCUGGAGUUCCUCAGUAUGGUCAACGUGGGUCUCACUUCUCUGGCCAUGCUGCCGUCUCUACCCAAACUGAGAAAGUUGGAGCUGAGUGACAACAACAUUUCUGGCUCUUUGGAGACCCUCUCAGAGAAAUGCCCCAAUCUCACAUACCUAAACCUGAGUGGCAACAAGAUUAAAGAACUCAGCACAGUGGAAGCUCUGCAAAACCUAAAGAAUCUGAAGAGCCUGGACCUCUUUAACUGUGAGAUCACCACACUUGAGGAGUACAGGGAGAGCAUAUUUGAGUUGUUGCCUCAGAUCACAUACCUGGAUGGCUUUGAUGCAGAGGACAAUGAGGCACCUGACUCAGAAGCAGAUGAUGAUGAUGACGGUGAGGACGGUGAGGAGGGAGCAGGGCCUGUUGGAGAGUAUGAUGAUGAUGAGGAGGAUGAUGAUGAGGAAGGAUCAGAGGGUGGAGAGGUUGGACUCUCCUACCUGAUGAAAGAUGAAAUUCAGGACGAGGAGGAUGAUGAUGACUAUGUAGAAGAAGAGGAAGAGGAGGAAGGUGAGGAAGUGGCAGGAGUUCAGGGAGAGAAACGAAAGAGGGACGCAGAAGAUGAAGGCGAAGACGAUGAUGAAGAUGACGACUAACCGUGUGUGUGUGUGUGUGUGUGUGUGUGUGAGAGAGUGCGUGACUCCUUGGAAAGCUGAUCCAAGUUGUAGAACAACCUUGAAAAAUGCGUGAUCUUGCAGAUUGUUUUUCUCUUUGUAUACCAUAGAUAUAUCGCUGUAGAGGCUAAGUGUUUUCUUUUGAUAAAUACAUUAUAUUAUACUAUAUAAAAGGGGUUUAUUGACAAUUCAUUUAUAGCCAUUCCAAGUUUAUGUCCCAACACGAGAAUCUUGUUAGUGUGGGUGAGCGAUGGGAGGAGAAGGAGGUCUGUGGGGUACAGUUUGGGCCCCAAACCUACUGACCAACAGUCCGUUUCUAAAGACGGCACAGGGACUUGAAUACUGGGAGGAAAUAUUGGCACAGCAACCUUUGUCCAUACACAAUAAACUCCGCCACUUAGCUUGUGCUCAACCUGCCAGUGACUUUCCCCAAGACCUCUUUUGAGGAGGCAAAGAGUCGGCCUGCUCCUCAUCUACCUCUCCAGGCUGCUUCAGUCUCGGCCCACCACGGAGCAUCGAGCCCAUCGAGCAUCUCCAGCUAGCAGCCCCCUGUGUUCCCAGGUCGACCAGUCCACGCCGAGGAUUUUGUACAUGGCGCUCUCCGUAAGGGAUGUCUCCUCUUGAUUCAGUUUAGGUAUCGUAGUCCAGAAUUGUUCAAAUUGACAGCACAGACGGUAUGUGAUCUCAUGAAUUUUAAAGUGUGAUGUAUAUGUAAAUGCAAUGUAAAUUAAUUACAAACAAGGAAGGGAAUCGGGGGUGGGGUGGACAAGUCAAUGUCCAAUUUUUAUCUUUUUUUAGGCCACAGGGAUGAUGAAAUAAUGAGUUUAGGCAGUUUAAUCAGCAGUUUACUCUUCCUCAGAUACCCUGUAGCAUUGGGUUAUGUUUGACUCUAAAAUCAUGCUAUGUCAGGAGCAAAGGUCUAGUCAGAAUUUGUUCUUUUAAGAGAGGCAUCACUGGAAAUUUCUCGUAACUUUCAGGUUUAAUGGCUUUGUUGGAUUAAAUUGUACCCUUAAGUACCUUUAUUCCUAUGUCUUGCUGUGGAAACAGGUUAGUUUCUACCUUUUGUGGGGGUAUUUUACAGAGUAAUACCUUUAAUCUAAUGUUCGUAUGGCAAUAUGUACAGUAUAUAGUAUCUGUUCCAACAGGUCGUUGUUAGUGUGUUUUUUAUCGAAACUAUUUGGUUAAUUGUUUUAAUACAAAGCACAGGUCGGAGGACUACAGUCCCUAGACGCAGGUCGCCUGUUUUAUUUUUCAGUACUUGGCUGCUGUGCGAGUGUUGUGUUUGGGGUUUUAUGUGUUGUAAGCCUCUAUGGAGGGAUUUAGUUUUGUUGUUGGGUUUUGAUGUUUGAUUUUUCUUUUUUCUUUUUUUUUUUCUUUGUCCUGUCUCUCUCUUUUUUUGGGAAAAAAAAUAAACAUGAAAGAUGACAUGCUUUGAGAUAAA